CUGAAAUCUGUCGCACACUCGAAUCAGUGCGGCAUCAGCACGGCGGUCUUUUUCUCAGCUUGCUGCUUGUGCUUGGCAGGCCCCGUGGCCACGAGCAGCUCGUUGAGGUCGAAUUUCGUGUAGUCGCGGAAGUGGCGAACGGCGUAGGGCUGAUGGAGGCAUGCGUCGACGUUGAUGUGAAAAGGCAGCACGGCAGGCAGGAGGAGUUUCGCGGCUUCAAAGGUGUCAAUCUUGAGGCUGGGCAGGACUUUCUUUCUCUCGAAGGCCUGCAGCUUGCAGCACAUAUGCUUCCAUUUUGUAAAAGGGGCACACAAUGGAAGUUUCGUCUCACUUGCAUCAGGCAGAGCAGCUGGUGGGCAACACUUCCAUCGGGCCAAUGCUCCGAUGUCUGCUCGUCGUUCACACAACUUUUGACAGCUGAGCGCGCUCGCAGAGCCGACUUGUGAAUCUUGAGGCCCUUCAGCUUCUGGUACAGCUUGCCUGCGCGCAU